AUGGAUACGUUCAAGAGGCGGUUGGUGGGGAUUUCUGUGGCGGUUGCACACGGCAUUUUCUCCGGUUCUCUGAACAUCUUGAUUAAGCUCCUCAUCAGUAAUUAUCACUUUAACUUUCUGAUGCUCCUCCAGCUCCUGACCAACAGCACCACGGCGCUCACUCUCGAGAUCCUCAGGCGACUGGGGAAGGUCAAGAUCCCCCCAUUCAGCAUCCAGCUAUCCAAGGAGUUUGGCCCGGUUUGUAUCCUCUCCACGCUGCAGUCCACUCUCACUCUGUGGUCUCUGCGUGGCCUCAGCCUGCCCAUGUAUGUAGUGUUCAAACGCUGCCUGCCGCUCCUCACGCUUGGCAUCGGCGUGUGCGUGCUGAGGAACGGCAUGCCGUCCAUCGGCGUGGUAAUCUCUGUGAUCAUCACCACUGCUGGAGCUGCACUGGCUGGUGCUGGUGAUGUCCACGGCGAUUCCUUUGGUUACAUCACUGGCGUGUUGGUGGUCAUCAUCCACGCCUCCUACCUGGUCCUGAUCCAGAAAACCAGUCUGGACAGCGAGUACGGACCACUCACAGCGCAGUACGCCAUUGCUGUCAUAGCCUCACCUGUGCUUCUUGUAUGCUCCGUCAUCUCCAAGGACACCAUCAACAUGUGGUCUUAUGAGGGCUGGAAGGACCCCCACAUCGCCGUUAUCUUUGUCUUCUGCAUUGUUUUCGUCUGCAUCAUGAACUUCACCACGCUGCAGUGCACCUACAUCAAUUCCGCAGUCACCACCAGCUUCGUUGGCGUGGUCAAAAGCAUCGUCACCAUCACUGUUGGCAUGGUGUCAUUUAGUAACGUUGUGCCAACAGGGCUGUUCAUCGGAGGCGUAGUGGUCAACACCAUUGGAUCAAUUAUCUACUGCAUCGUCAAAUACUUUGAGACGAAGAAGAAGAAGAGAAUGUAUAAGGACCUGGAGGAGGCUGGGAAGGAUGGUGCGUUUCCUUACGAGCCUUACCAAGAGAAACCACCACUAAAUGGCAUCGGGCCUGCUGCUGGCAUCAGGUCUCAUCCAGGAAAUUUGAAGUUAAAGGGAGCACUGAGCAGUGACAGGAUGGAGGAGUCAGCAUCUGCUGCCUUGGAAAAUAAAGAAUUGUGGACAGGAAAUGGUGGAAAAGGAGACGGAGAGGCAGCUGUGAAUUCCCACGUCAUGACAGAAAAGGAAAUGCAGGAGAUGCAGAGGGAGCACCACCAAAAGCUGAACACCACAUCCAGUCAGUCGGUUAUUGACAGCUAUGUUGGAGUGUGGAGGUCCGUCAGACAUCUGCAGUUUAAGAAAGACCCUUUGAUUCAGAAGCUAUAA